CCAAUCUACUUUACAAAGCAACAAUCAUGACCGGACGCGAGUCCAAUCGUAUAAAAGAUGCGGAGAAGAAACGUGUACUUGAUGAAGCUGCUCGACAACGGCGCGCACGCAAGGCGCUUGAAGCGCUCGAACAAGAUAAUUUCCACGAAGAUCCACAUGCAGAUUUGGUGAUGUCAAAGAAAUUGCCGAAAUUUCAAGAUGGUAUCAAAAACACUAAAGAAAAGAAGAGCAAACGUAAAGGUGCCGAAUACUAUAGGGCGAAGUAUCGUAAAAAUUUUCCACAGCUACUUGAAGAAUGCAAGCAGAAUUCUACGGAUGCACCAAACUAUUUGAAUGCUUUGGCACCCGCACCAAAUAAGCCUCCACGACGGUUUUGUGCUGUUUGUGGCAAUUUUUCAAAAUACACUUGCACUGCGUGCGGCACACACUACUGCUGCAUUCGUUGUCUGGGCACACAUCAGGAUACACGUUGCCUCAAAUGGACCGCUUGAAGUAUAGAAUUUAAUUGGAUUAUUAUUUUAGAAUUAUAAUUGCGUAAACUCAUUUUUACAUACAUUAUAACAAUAAUUUGUUUAACAAGGGUAAAAAUCUAUGGUUUUAUGAUUUUACUAUGCGUUAUGACAAGUUGUGAGUGCCCUAAUACAUUGGUCUUUUAUAAUG